GAUAUAAUUAUAUCUAUGUCCCACCCGGCAUCGUACAACCCCACCAUCAGCAGCACUAGGCUCUUUCCGAUAGUUAAAAGAAAUGCUAAUCCUGUUUCCAAUAACUGCAAACGUUCGGAAGUGUUCCUUCGCAGUCAACAGUCCGUCAGAGAAUUUCCUCCGUUUGUAUUGAGAAUUUGUCGUCACAGGUGCAAUAGGAUGCAGUUUGUGCAACGCUUGUCCGUCAUCUUAAUUGUUUCAUUCGCUGUACAAGAUUACUGCGCGGACGCUAAGAGAUUACCGAGUUAUGUCAAAACAUGUCGCAGAAAAGAGCCAGAUUUAGCCAAAUGCUUAGUGGAAGAAACAAUGGAGUCUGUUCGACCAUAUUUACCAGUUGGUAUCCCUAAAAUGAAAAUACCAGCACUGGAACCCUUAGUCAUACCGAAUUUAGAAAUCAACAGACGUCAGGAAGCUCUAGAUUUGAAAUUGAUCGUAAAAGAUAUUAAGGCUUGGGGUGGAACUAAUUUCGUCGUUAAAAAUGUCAAAGUAAGCUAUGAAAAAUUACAAGCCGAAGGUACCAUUAUUUUGCCUUUGAUUCAUACGACGUGCGAAUACGACAUUGAUGGACGAAUGUUAGUCAUACCUUUGAAAGGAAAAGGAGUAUUCAAAGGAAACAUCACGAAUAUAAGAGCCGAUGUAAGCGGAUCGGGAGAACUUACUACUGACAAAAAAGGACGUCAAAUUGCUCAAAUUAAAACCGUAGUCGUUAAACUGAAAAUUGGAGACGCUACCGGUACCGCUACCAAUACCGAUGGUAACAGGAACAACGAUGUCAUAACUGAAACGGCAAUUAAUUUCUACACGAAUAACCGUCGCCAAGUAUUAGAUAUCGCAACUCCGAUAGCCGAAGAAAUUGCUGCCGAAUUUAUAAUCCAGUUUGGCAAUCAAAUCUUAGGCGCUGUGUUAUUGGAUGAAAUAUUACCAGAUAAUUAAUACGCGAAAUUUAUUAUUUCGUCUCAUUGGUCUCAUUAUUUUUGACUCUCGUAGUAAUAGGUGUUAUUUGGUUACCUACACUUUUUCUAAAAACGCCCUCCUACUUAUAAUUUUUGCAAACAAAAACAAGUGCCCAAAACAUACCUAACGGGAAACAAUUUGUUUUUUUUUCUUCCGAUUUUGUCACAUGGUGACAUUUUUCCACCAGUUCAGCGUGUUCGCCUGUGUGACUGAUAAGCUAUAAUUAUUAAGACUCGAUGUACGUCGUUAAGAUAUAGGCUAUGUAAUUCAUUUUUCAUUUUUUUUUCAUAAUAUUUUUCUGCGUGUGCGUUUAUUAUACUCGUACUUGUAUGUGUGAGGAGCUAGCGAGAGCUUCGCCGAGAAAUAGUGUUUUUCAACUUUUCUGUCGCAACUGAUUCAUUAUUAUUAUUUUACUAGGUUGCAUUGGUAUGUAAUACCUGUAAUUACUUUUAUUUAUGUAAAGGUCUCACUGAAUGCAUUCUGUAUUAUUAGUUGUUAAGUUUUAUUCUAUUUUUUUAAACAAAAACCUUUUUGAUAAGUAUAGGUAUUCGUAUUAUCGUGUAAGUUUAAAUUUUCGUUGUAAAGAUGUUCAAUUUUUUUACUAUUUUGCACAUUAUACGUAUUUUAAAAAAGAAAUAUAGAAAUUGUUGAAAAAUAAAAUUUAAAAGAUAAA